CAUGGUCAGAAUUCAAGCAAGUAGCCCUCCUACUCUCUCUCUCUCUCUAUCCGACGCGUCUCAGAAAAGCAAACAAAUUCAAGAGAAAAAGAGAGAAGAAAAAGCAAAAGAAAAGAGAGUUGGAAUUGUUGAAUCUUCUAUAAUCUCUCUGUACUACUAUAUUUUCUUUCUUCGGGACGGAGUUCAUUUCCUCGGCCCCAGAACGAUCUUUUUCUUCCGGCGAGGAUUUCCCAGAAGUGAAGCAGUUUCCUCCGUCACUGCAAAUUAAUUUUUCAUUUCUCGAUAUCCUUGUUGUAGCUUCGGACUCGGAUUACUCAAGCUUGCUUCCAGGAAAAAUGGUCAAGCGUGGUUAUAAGCUGCAGGAACUUGUGGCUCAUUCAGCGAGUGUGAACUGCGUGAAUAUUGGGAAGAAGGCGUGCCGUCUUUUUAUCACUGGCGGGGAUGACCACAAAGUUAAUCUUUGGGCGAUUGGGAAACCCAAUUCCGUAAUGAGCCUGUGUGGCCAUACAAGUCCAGUUAAAUCAGUUGCUUUUGAUUCGUCAGAAGUUUUGGUGCUUGCCGGAGCUUCUAAUGGUGUGAUAAAGCUCUGGGAUUUGGAGGAAGUAAAGAUGGUUCGAACUCUUACUGGACAUAGUUCCAACUGCACUGCUGUUGAAUUUCAUCCGUUCGGAGAGUUCUUUGCAUCUGGUUCCAUGGAUGCCAAUCUAAAGAUCUGGGAUAUUAGAAGGAAAGGAUGCAUCCACACAUACAAGGGUCAUACUCAAGGCAUUAGUACAAUCAAAUUCACUCCUGAUGGUCGAUGGGUAGUUUCUGGUGGAUUUGAUAAUAUUGUAAAGGUGUGGGAUCUAACGGCUGGAAAGCUCUUGCAUGAUUUUAAGUUCCAUGAAGGACAUAUUCGAUCGAUAGAUUUUCACCCACUUGAGUUUCUCUUAGCCACAGGUUCAGCAGACAGAACUGUUAAAUUUUGGGAUCUGGAAACCUUUGAACUGAUUGGAUCUGCCAGACCUGAGGCUACAGGAGUACGUGCAAUUGCUUUUCAUCCUGAUGGAACUCUAUUUUCCGGGGUGGAAGAUAGUUUAAAGGUUUACUCAUGGGAACCUGUAAUAUGUCAUGAUGCUGUUGAUAUGGGAUGGUCAACACUUGGUGAUCUAUGCAUUCAUGAUGGAAAACUUCUGGCUUGCUCAUACUAUCGAAAUUCUGUUGGAGUUUGGGCAGCAGAUAUAUCGCGUAUUGAGCCAUAUGCAGCUAAUUCUAUACCUGAGCAAAAUGACUCUAUGGAACAGAAAAUUAACCUUAAUUUCCCAGGAAGUCAUUCUUCUGAGGACGUAGGAAGUGGUAUCCGAUCAGCUUCAGGUUUGCGGUGCAUGUCUCCUGAUUAUGAAACGAAAGGGAUAAAGAACAUAUAUGUGGAUUCUGCUGGUGGGAAGCUUGUUACCUCACCAAGAGUUGAGUCCUUCAAUUCUCCAAAAGCGGUAACCCCAAAGGAAAUUAGUUGUUCGCCAACUAAGGAGGAAAGUCCUGUCGCAGGCUUGAAUGCAAGAUCUAAUGAAAAAGUACUUGAUAAGACAUGCAUUGUGCCUAGCAUUGUAGCUAGGGACAGCACCAACAGAAGAGAUGGUGUCAAUUCUGGAAAAGAAUUGAUAACCUUUUCAAGGACAAAGCGUGGUAUGUUGCUCAAACCAGCUCAUGCUCGGAGGCCAUCAAAUAGCAAAGUUGAAGUUGAGAGGCUGCCUGAAACUGUUGAAUCUGGAAAUUUGAGCAAUGUGUCGAGCAAUUUAGAUAGUGCAAUAAAUUCAAAAUUCCAAUCCAAACUUGCAUCAGAAGAUGGAUGUAGAAAAUCAUGUGAGGAAGAACAUUCUCAUAUCAAAGGUGUUGCUGAGAACCUUGAAAGAAUUUUAUCACCACAGAAGCCCUGUAGUCAGGAAAGCUGCGACAAAUCCCUCAGUUGCAACAAAGGGCUAAGCCCUGUUAAAAUUGUCAAUGCAGUUGCAGUUGUACAAGGAAGGACUCGCUCUCUGGUUGAGAGGUUUGAAAGAAGAGAGAGUGUCAAUAGCAAUGAAGAGCAAGCAUCUACGGUGUCUUGUGUGAUACCUGAAAUGGAUAAGACUCCCACCAUGCUGAAAGGAGUACCUCAAACUUCUGGAAGGGACUGGACUUCCACAAAUGAUAGGGAUGUUACCGAUGAUCUCAUGCAAACUCAUGAAGUAUUCCUAAGUACCCUUCGCUCACGCUUAACAAAAUUACAGGUGGUGCGACAUUUUUGGGAGCGGAAUGAUAUCAAAGGUGCCAUUGGUGCGCUAAGGAAGCUGCCGGAUCAUUCUGUGCAAGCAGAUGUGGCCAGUGUUCUUAUGGAGAAAAUGGAGAUUCUUACCUUAGAUCUGUUUUCUUGCUUGCUUCCUGUGCUUUUGGGUUUGCUUGAUAGCAAGGUAGAAAGGCAUGCAAAUGUGUCAUUGGAGAUGCUAUUGAAGCUUGUAGCAGUGUUCGGCUCGGUGAUAUACUCAACCGUUUCAGCACCUCCCAGUGUUGGUGUUGAUCUUCAGGCAGAGCAAAGGCUAUCCUGCUGCAACCAGUGUUUUAUCCAGCUGCAAAAGAUCCAGAAAAUUCUCCCGGUGCUUGUAAGGAAGGGCGGAUUGCUGGCAAAAUCUGCUCGGGAAUUGAAUCUAGUUCUUCAAGAAUCAUGACCAAUGCUGCCAAGCCAACAAAUUUCUGCAGGCGAGAAAGGGCAGCGGGGACCACUUAUUGAACAGUACAUUUCAUACAUUGAGUUAUAAGGCUAUCAUAUCGAGCAAUUUUCUUCUAAUCUCUGGGCCUUUGUCAUUGUCCCCGGCUUUUGUCAGUAAAGAGCGCUAUAUUUGGAAGCAACAUCUUUCAAUGCUAGUGUAAGAGCAAGAAGACUGCAGCAAUUAUUCCAAACUUGGUCUUCUGGCAACAUAAUCCCCAAAUUUUGAUUCUUUUGUGUGGAAAUAUCAAUUCUCUCUUUGGUUCAAUUGUAAGUAAUGAUUUGCCUGUUUAUAAUUCAUAUGUAUACUGCAUUUGUAAUGAAUUCAAUGAAAGUAUAUAUAAAAAUAUGUUUUCUUCA